AAACUCCUGAGCCAUCCAUCUCACCGACGGGCGUGAAGAGGCGCGCAUACUUCAUCCGAGCCAAGUCUUUUGCCAUGCCGGACGGCCGGGCUUGAGGCUAUAGGAAGGAUAAAGUCCGCUACCUCCCCCUCCUCCUCCUCCUCCUCCUCCUCCAUCCUUCUCCCUUCUCUCCUCCAAUAAGUCGCGGUGAACACCACCAUCCAGCCCGUACCGCCAUGGGGGUUCUCAUGUCAAAGAAGCAGCAGGUGGAGAAGGUGCAGAAAUGCAACGCAGUCGUCUCUGCCUUCCAGGCGGGCCUGAAGGACCGCCCUGUCGCCGUCAAGCAGGCGGACGAGGAGGCAGAGGAGGGCGACGGUGCCGCCAAGUCUUCGGCCGACGCCGAUGAGAAAAACACCAAGGAGGCAGACGCAGAGGACGCAGACAACAGCGCGGGUCCGUCCACCUCUCAGCAGGCUGCAGCGCCGACAAGAGACGAGUGUAAGGUCAACCAGGAGGCCUGGUCCAGAUUACGGGACGGGAAAGGAGUGGAACCAGAAGAUCUUGACAAGAGCCACCAGCUCACACCGCCUGCUUUUGUUCGGCCCAAAAGGGAAGCCGAUGACGACCAGCAAGUCGAGAUCGAGCUGGAAAAGAAAGAACAGCCACCGAGUGACGAGAUGUGCGACGUGUGCGAGGUGUGGACGGCCGACGACCUUUACCCCUGCAGGAUCUGCACACGGGUGUUUCACGACGGCUGCCUCCGGGAGUUAGGCUACCUGCGCGCUGAGGCCCUGCAGGAGAUGAGGGAUACAGCCCACACCGUCACCGGGUGGAGCUGCUACUACUGUGACAAUCUCAAUCUACUCCUGACAGAGGAGGAAAUGUACAGCCUCAUGGAGACUUUCAAGCAGUGCAAGAUCAUUCCUGAGUCGUGCCUGGUGUCAGAUGAGCUCCUGCAGUACCGUCACUUCGUAUCCAAGCAGCAGUUUGAUAAGGACCUGACUGAUGAGCAGGAGGAGGAAGUCCUCGCCCAGUUCGCCGCAUUAGAUCCCGAGAAGAAGGGCCACAUUGAGUGGUCGGAUUUUCUCUAUUUUGAGUCUCUGGCAGUGUUGAGAAAGUUCCGCACUGAGAACUCGUUGGUGCGUCUGUUGACUGCCAAGGAGCGAGACAAGGCGAGGACGGUGUUCCAGGGUCUCAGCCUGGACAAAGACGGCGUGAUCACAAAAGCAGAAUGCCGCCAGGCCCAGCAGUCCUGGUUUCACAAGCUCAACAAAGACUCACAGUCCUGCAAUGUGAGUAUAAGUCACGUUGGCCCCAUAUGCGAGAACAGUCCGGCCAGCUCAGGCAGCGAAAGGAGCAAGACUGAUGAGAGCAGGCCAGUGACUUGGGAAGACUUUUUAAGGGAGAGCGCCAUCUAUAUUUUGGCUGGGCGGCCCAAUAGUUCUGCCAUGCACGUCCGGCUGCCUCUAUAGUCCAGGAUCCUCUUCUUCUACCCGGCGGAGAAGACAGAGAGAGAUCGAGGGUGCACCCUGUAGUCUUACACAUGGGCGGGAGAAAACAGACAAGCUGACACACUGACGCCAGGACGGCAACCGAACGAACCCGGCUGAAGCGCCGAGGCGAGGGAGAUCAAGCCACCGACAGCACCUCUCUUCCUCCGCGCCACCGCUACGCUGAAAACACACACACACACACACACAUUGACUGACUCACCGACAACACCGUUGACAACAACUGUCACGGGUCCCCAACUCUGCACAACCCUGACAGCUUCCGACAAAUGCAAGCGAUAGGAUGAGAGAGAAUGCCACCCACCGGUCCGACGUGAAGUUUCUUAAAGUUCCGAGUGUCAGACAAGCACCAGGGGAAGCUCGCAGUGACAAACGCUCGACUCGACAGCCCUCAAGCUACAUAUCGCACCUUUCCGAGUGGGUACAUCAGUGUGACCGAUUCAAGUGUUCGUUCUUUUUCAGGUCCCAUUUCGUCCUGAUAUUAAAUCCAUGCUUACUGUAAUGGGAUUGUGUUAUUCACCUUCUAUUGUUAAUCACGCUGCACAAGAGGCACAUGCAAAUUCACUACCGGUACCAUUCGAUUCUUGGGAAGAGACAAACCUCACAAUAUCGGAACAUAUACCAAAUGGGAAUGAAAGCUAUCUGCAUACCUUAUAUUAUAAGAGAACUGCUACACAUACCAGUAUAAAUUAUUAUCAUGCAUUGAAAGUCUGUAUUUAUUCCUGUAUCCGAUGAUGUACAGUACGCAUCCUCCGUUCUUCCCCCCCCCAUCUUCAUCCAAUCUGUGUUCUGCUGAAACGCUAACUGUGAAAAAGGAUGUGAAGUGAACGUUAAUGAACGCUAACCCUGUAAGUGAUGUGUAUAUACUGCCAUAUAGUACAUUAGUUUCCUGUCGUGCUCUCAGAGCUGCACUCUGACAAGGUGAAAACAUCCGCUCCUCCUCUUCUAAUGUCAUUAUUUGCACUGUGGGAAUGAAGCGUAGUAGGACUGUUGUGUGAUUUAUUCACUGUAAAACGAAGUAAAGAAGAGACAAUGUGAGGUCCGGAGCAAAUAUUCGUCAUUUGUUAAUAUUGCUGAAGCACUGUUUUAAAGAAAAUGUGUCGCUGUGGUGAACUUGAUGGCAGAUCUUUAGUGUAACCUACAAGAAUUUAAAUGCACAUAAAAUUGCCCCUAGAAUCACAGGAAACAAAGUGUAACAAGUAGGGCUUCAUGUAAUGUUUAUGCCAUGUAAUGAACGCUCCACGCCAGGUUUUCUUAGUAAAUAAAGUACGAUAAUGAUAUGAAACUUGGUCUGAGGGAUAUGUCUCAGUGCUCCAAUGAAAGCAUGGCAUAGGGAUUGUGUCUUGGCUGUCUUGGAUUUGUGUGAUGUGUACCUUGAAAGCAUGAAUGAA